UGCUUCGCUGCCCUUGCUGUUGUCAUCGAUGCUUCUCCACCACUAGUACUUUAUUUUGUGUGGUUUUGUUGUUGUUUUGUUUAUUAUGCAUUUGUUUUUUAUUGUUUGAGUUGGCGAGUUUGUGCGUUAAACUAAAACCAUUUCGGCAGCUGCGGCUCGCGAACGCGUUCAUCAAUUGCAUGGCGGGAGUUAAAGUUAAAUAGGAAAAUGUGCGUCAAGUCAAUGGCAAUACAAACGAACAAUUAUUGCUAACGUAAUCGGGCCAAGGCACACAAACAUUCCAUGCAUCAUCAGCAGCGCCUGCGGGCGAACGGUGGACGCGGGGCAGCCGGCUUGGGUUCAGGAUUAGGAGCAGGAGCAGGAACCGGAACCGGAAACGGAUCUGCAAUGGGCACCGGAGGACAUCCGGCCUUGUGCGCCCAUUGCCGGGGCCAGCUGCUGCCCCACCCGGAGGAGCCCAUCGUGAUGGCCCUGGGCCAGCAGUGGCACUGCGACUGCUUCCGCUGCUCCGUGUGCGAGGGCCACCUGCACAACUGGUACUUCGAGCGCGAGGGACUGCUGUACUGCCGCGAGGACUACUACGGCCGCUUCGGCGACGCCUGCCAGCAGUGCACGGCCGUGAUUACGGGGCCCGUCAUGGUCGCCGGCGAGCACAAAUUCCAUCCGGAGUGCUUCUGCUGCACCGCCUGCGGCGCCUUCAUCGGCGAGGGCGAGUCGUACGCGCUGGUCGAGCGCUCGAAGCUCUACUGUGGCCAGUGCUACGGCAAGCGGUCCUGUCAGCCGGCGGACGCCAAGGCGCGCAUCACGACGGCCGGCAAGCCGAUGCACUCCAUCCGCCUGGUCGAGAUCCCCAAGGACGCCACGCCCGGCCUGCGGGUCGACGGCGUGGCCCUGGACGACGGCUGUCCCACGGUCCGCAUUACAGACUUGUUCUGUAACUUCUUCCUUUGGCUGACCUCGAUGGCGGAACAGUGCUGUGGGGCGCCCUAUAGAAUCGAUGUAAAUCUCACGAACUUGCACAUUGGCGAUCGCAUUCUGGAGGUGAACGGCACGCCCGUCAGCGAUUCCUCCGUGGAGCAGAUCGACAAGCUCAUCCGCAGCAACGAGAAGAUGCUCCAGCUGACGGUGGAGCAUGACCCGGUGCAGGUGUGCCGCUCCUGCAGCCAGGCGGACAUCCAGCGGGCCAUGUCUGCCUCCACACUCAUCCUGCCGCUCAGCACUUCGGCCUCCAGUGUGGAGGUGGGCAGAGAGCGGCUCUACAAGACGGCGGGGGAGCAGGGCUCGAAGGCCAGGAAACUGAGGCAGGCCACCAAUGCCUCAACCACCAUACCACCACCAGCGAACGCCUCCAACGCCGCCGCCGGCGCAGGGGGAGGAGCCAUGGCCAUGACGCAGCUGAAGGAGAAGGAGCGCUGCUCCAGUCUGUCCAAGUUGCUGGACGAGCAGCAUCAGGCGCAGCAGCAUUCCGCGCAUCCGCAGCUCUACGAUCUGUCCAGGACGCAAUCCUGCCGCGUGGUCCAGAAGCCACAGCGUAUCUUUCGCGCAUCGGAUCUGGUGAUAGGCGAGAAGCUGGGCGAGGGCUUCUUCGGCAAGGUGUUCAAGGUCACCCACCGACAGAGUGGCGAGGUGAUGGUACUCAAGGAGCUGCACCGUGCCGACGAGGAGGCCCAGCGCAACUUCAUCAAGGAGGUGGCCGUGCUGCGUCUCCUCGACCACCGGCAUGUUCUCAAGUUCAUCGGUGUGCUGUACAAGGACAAGAAACUGCACAUGGUCACGGAGUACGUGGCCGGCGGCUGCCUCAAGGAGCUCAUCCACGACCCGGCUCAGGUCCUGUCCUGGCCGCAGCGCGUCUGCCUGGCCAGGGACAUUGCCUGCGGCAUGAGCUACCUGCACUCCAUGAACAUCAUCCACCGCGAUCUGAACUCGAUGAACUGCCUGGUGCGCGAGGAUCGUUCGGUUAUAGUGGCCGACUUUGGCCUGGCGCGCAGCGUGGAUGCACCGCGUCUGCCCGGUGGCGUGUCGUCCACGGACCGCGGGGGCAACAUGACGCCCGGCGGUUAUGGUUCAGGCGCGGGCAGCGAUGCGGCCAUGUCGCCGAGCGGAACGCUCAGGCGCAGUAAGAGCAGGCAGCGCCGGCAGCGGUACACGGUGGUGGGCAAUCCCUACUGGAUGGCGCCCGAGAUGAUGAAGGGCCUCAAGUACGACGAGAAGGUGGACGUGUUCUCCUUCGGCAUCAUGCUGUGCGAGAUCAUUGGCCGCGUGGAGGCCGACCCCGACUUCAUGCCCCGCAACUCGGACUUCAGCCUCAACCAGCAGGAGUUUCGCGAGAAGUUCUGCGCCCAGUGCCCGGAGGCCUUCAUAAAAGUGGCCUUCGUGUGCUGCGACCUCAAUCCGGAUCUGCGGCCCUGCUUCGAAACGCUGCACGUGUGGCUCCUGCGGCUGGCCGACGACCUCGCCGCCGAGCGAGUGCCCCCCGAGCGCCUGCUGCACGAGAUCGAGACCUUCCACGAGUGGUACGCCAGCUCCGAGGACGCCCUGUCGCCCACCUCGCAGCGCAGCCUGAACAACCUCGAUGAGCUGGUGAAGAUGGCGGCGGAAACGGAGAUUUGCAGCGUGGAAAAGGAGAAGGAGAACCUGGUGAUCAAGCCGCAGGAUAUACCCAAGUCGCCGCAUCUGGGCAAGGACUUCUCGCCGAGCGGCGAGCGUUUGCGUGACAGCAUGCGGGCCAGGCGGCGCCAGCGCUUCCUGGGCGCCCAGGAGGAGCGGCGCAAUCUCACCCCUGAAACGGAGUCCAAGGAGCGGGCCUUGAAGAAGGCCCUGAAGAAGUGUCGCCCCUUCGGCGAGCGCGGUUACCUGGUGGACCUGCGUCCCGGCGCCGAGCUGCAGCUGCAGGAUGUGAGGGAUCUGAAUACCUACUCCGAUGUGGACUCCAGCUGCGAUACGAGUCUGAAUUACCACGAGGUGAACAGCUUGCCGGCACCACAAGAGGACGAGAAGGCAGUCAGCGUCGAGCAGGCGGCCAAGGAGGAGCUGAGCGAGGGCACAAACGGCGCGGACUGCCAGCAGCACCGGCUGGCCAUCGACGAUAUGCGGAACCGGCUGCAUCAGUGCCGCAGCAAGUUCGAGCAUCUGGAGGAGGCCAGCCGGCGGAACUUCAACCAGUCGCAGCACUCCAUGAGGAACUUCUUCAAGACACCGCCCGUGGCCCUGAAGAUGUUCCAGCGCCUGGAGCACGAGGCCGCCGCCCUGAAUGGCGGCAACAACUGUCCACCGCCGCCGCCGCGCACGCAGCGCAUCAAUCAGACUCCCAUUUUUGGGCGCAAGAAUCCGCCCGUGUCCCUGGUGGUGGGGCAGAAGCUGCAGCAUGCCGAGUCCCUGGAGAACCUGGCCACCAGUGGCUUGGGCAAACAGCUGGCCACACCGGCGCCCAAGAGGAGCAAGGCCACGGCGGCGCCCACGACGAAGAGCCAGCUCAGUGGCAGCACCAGCAGCAGUACCACCAACCCGCCUCUCUACCUGCCGCCCAACUUGAACAGCAAUGGCAAUGGCACCAGUAGCCUGACCACCUCCGCCGCCAGUUGUCCACCCACCGCCUCGGAUUGGCUGCCCAAGAAGCACAAGCUCACGCUGCCACUGCAGCCGCCGCAGCCGGCCAUGCAGCACCGAUCGGGCAACAAUCAUCGCCCGCCCACGAGCAAUGGCAAGGGGAAGCCGCUGAAGGCGCCGCCAGGUCGCCAGGCCCAGGGAAUCCCCGCCAGCAACUGCGUCUCGCCCACCAGGAGCAACCGCCCCGGGUCGCCCAGCAAGCACCUCGCCCAGCGGCACACCGCCGCCACGGCCCAGCGGUUGACCAAUGCGGUGGCUGCCCACCAGCAGCAGCAGCAGCAGUCCUCGAAGACGACGCGCCUGAACAUCCUGAGUCCGGAGAAGGUGCAUCGCCUGGGCGCCCGUCUCAGCGAUCAGAAGCAGAAGCUGCGGGAGGAGGCGGCGGCGACAGCCCCAUCCCUCGGAGGGGGAGGAGGAGCAGGAUCGGUGGCCUCGCCAGCGACGGGAGCGAUGAAUGGCCACCUGCAGGGCCACCGAACGGGCUCCUCCGGCUCGGCGAGUCCGGCGGGCGGGGAGAGGCGGAGGCGAGCCGCACCACCGCCGCCCGCUCGCACGCAUUUCAACACGCGCUGCUAGCCGUGGAUAUACUCUACGAAAUCCAUAUACUCGAUUGUCAAGUGUUGUGCGCCGUUUAUUGUUGCACUCAGGAAGCUCUUGUUUUACCUACUAACUGUCGUAGCUUUUGUACUAUGCAGAAGCAAAGGAACCCGUACUCCUAGUAUACCACUAAAUUUCUGUAAUAUUUCCAUAAUCAUUCUGUACGACGCGACAUUUUGUACGACUAUGUAAUGCCUUUUAGAUGUACAUAACUGAAGUGAGCCAGUGAGCUGUUCCGCUGUUGAAAACGCAAAUGUUAUACGCACAUGACGAAAAUUCCAUUCAUUCCAGGAAAAGUGUUUAUUUUUUUUAUCAUUCUAACAUACGAUGCUAGGUUUAAGCUAAACGAAGGUUAAGUGCCUGUUGAGAAAGAGAUAACUGACAAGUUGCAAUAUUUACGUAGAUGGUGUAAGCGAAACCAAGCGAAUAAUUGUAGUAGCUAAGAUUACAGGGUAACAACUGUUGCGACUAACCUAACGAACUCAACUAAAAUGCUAAGCAAUUAAUUGUUUAACCCACUACUGUCUGACACUAAGUGAAUAUGCCUAAAAAUUGAGCGAAGGAAGUGAACGAAAGAAACCUGUGCCAUGAAGCUGAGCGAAGAACGAAGAAUCUGAGGAGAGGAGCCCACCCACAACAGCAAAUAAGAAGAAAAAAGACAAAGGAACGAAGAGAACUUGAACUAACUAGCGAAAAUUGUGGUUUAAAUAUUUUUUGAUAUACACCAUAUAUAAAUGUAUUUAUAUAAAUAUAUAACAUGUAUUCCAUAACUACGUAGUUAAACGUAUUCCGAGUUAGUGCUUAAAUCUAAUUUAUUAUCUAUCGAGUCGCCACCCAUCCAUCCAGCCCCCAUUCCAUGGAGAGUCACGAGUAACUAACCAUUUUUGUAUUUUGGAGAAAGUCUAACUUGUACGAUGCAAUAAGAACGUUUUGCUCAAAGGCAAUUUAGAUGUAAGCGAAAGGCAACCCACGCUAACUGUUAUACAAGACGCGCACACGCUCAAGCCUAAUACUGUUAUACUGUUGAACCGUGUACUUUAUAUAGCCAUUAUGUACGCCUAAACCUACCUAUAGGAUCGAAACGCUUUGCAACUAACCGCUUCUACCAGAGCCCGGGCCCGCCACUGUGCUACGAACGUAUGCCAGUAUAACAGUGGCUCGGCCCAAAGAGAUCUAGCAUUUAGCUAUCUGUACACCAUAUAUGCGAUAUUUUUAUAUGCCGUUGACGUAACAUGUUGUAUUUUGACUCCACUCCACCUUGUGACUGCGUUUAUGCGCCUGCUAUUCGAGGUUUUCGAAAUGUUUCCAGUAUUCUCGAGUGCCCAACGUUCAGUGGGCCCAGAUAUAAUCGGUGUAGCAGCAUUUUCCACCCACUUGUAAAUAGGUUUACUAACUAGUAAUGUUUUUUGUUGCCUAGUUUUUUGGGUAUAAGAAUGAUUUGUAUUCUCAAAAAAGCAGAGCCUGCGUGUAAGCGCAGGGUACGACUCUCCUUUUAAUUUAACUUUAAUCAUUUUUUGUUGAUAAAAAUGCAAUUGGAAAAAAUAAAUAAACAAACUGGAA